AUGUCUCUCCUCCGCCUCCCCCGCGCCGCUCCGGCCCUUCGCCGGUCCUACGCCACCGCCGCCAACGUUACCGAGGCUGCUGGCGUCAAGGUCCUCGGCAUCGACAACGGCCUCCGCCCCGCGACCACGAGCGUGUCCGUGAUCGUCAAGGCCGGCUCGCGCUACGAGCCUGCUCCCGGUGUCGCUCACGUCCUCAAGAACUUUGUGUUCAAGUCGACUGCCUCGGGUUCGGCGCUCAAGACUGCCCGUGAGACGGAGCUCUACGGUGGUGUCCUCUCGGCUGGCCUCUCGCGCGAGUACCUCUACAUCAACGCCGAGUUCCUCCGCGGCGACGAGGGCUACUUCCUCCCCCUCCUCGCGUCGGUCCUCUCGUCGACCCAGUUCAUCCCCCACGAGUACGCCGAGCUCGUCCUCCCCACUGUCCAAGGCGAGACUGAGGCCGCUGCCGCCGACCCCGCCCAGAUCGCGCUCGACACUGCCGCCAACGUUGCGUUCCGCCGGGGCCUUGGCAACUCGAUCUUUGCGUCGCCUCACUCGCCCGUGACCCUUGACACCGUCAAGGCGUUCGCUCAGGCUGCGUUCGCCAAGUCGAACAUUGCCGUAGUUGGCCAGGGUAUCUCCACCGAGGCCCUUGCCGCUGCCGUCAACUCGGCGUUCGUUGGUGCCGCCGGCUCGUCGUCGGCCUCGCUCCAGACCGCCAAGUCGCAGUACCACGGCGGUGAGGCGCGCAUCGCCCUCGACACGCACGCCAGCCCCACGGCUCAGCCUACCCUCGUCAUUUCGUACGGCCAGGCCGGCACCACCUCGCCUGAGGUCGCCGUCAUUCCCCACCUCCUUGGCGGCCAGUCGGCGCUCAAGUGGUCGCCCGGCUCGACCCCCCUGUCCAAGGCGGCCGAGAAGGUCGCUGGCGCCACCGUCCGCUCGUUCGUGACCUCGUACUCUGACGCGUCGCUCCUCAACAUUGUCAUCCAGGCCCCCACCAACGAGGGUGUUCGUGCCGUUGCCCAGGAUGUCGCUGCCGCCAUCAAGGCUGCCUCGUCGGGUGUCAAGGAGGACGACCUCAAGCGUGCGAUCGCCAAGGCCAAGUUCGCCGACGCCACCACUCUCGAGCACUACGCUUCGCUCGUUGACGCCGCCGCCCCUGCGCUCUUCACCGGCCAGACGGUCCAGUCGCAGAACUUGGCUCUCGACGGCCUGUCCACCUCGGCCGUCUCGCAGGCUGCCAAGUCGCUCUUUGCUGUUAAGCCAACAGUCGUUGCCGUUGGCUCUAACGUCCUUCCUUACGCCGACGAGCUCGGCCUGUAA